UUUCUGACGUCACGAAACAGCCCGGAGUAGGUAAACAGGACGGCGCUAGCAAAAAGCAAUCUUGACGUGUUUUGGAGAUUUUAGAUGAUGUAUUCAAGUUCAAAUCAACAAAAAAGACCUCUAGAUUUCGGAGGAAAUCAGCAAGGAUGGGGUAGUGGUAGUAACAGUCACAGUGGCUCAGGAGAUGGUGGGUUCGACAGGAAGAAGAAACGUAGAAGUAGAUGGGGAGCUGAAGAUGUACAAGACAAAACAGUAAUUCCAGGCAUGCCAACUAUACUUCCAUGCAACCUCUCAAAGGAACAAGAGAGACAAUACUUGUUGCACCUGCAGAUAGAGGAGAUAAGUCGCCGGUUACGGACGGGUGAUCUAGGCAUUCCACCUAAUCAAGAAGACAGGUCUCCCUCUCCAGAACCUAUCUACAAUAAUGAAGGAAAACGUCUUAACACGAGGGAAUACAGAACACGGAAGAAGUUGGAAGAAGAUCGCCACAGAUUGGUACAGGAAGCCAUGGCACUAAACACAGAUUACAAGCCACCAGCUGAUUACAAACCUCCAGUGAUACGUGUCAAUGACAAGGUUAUGAUACCACAAGAAGAACAUCCUGAUAUCAACUUUGUGGGCCUGCUUAUUGGACCACGUGGAAACACUCUCAAAACAUUGGAGAAAGAGACUGGGGCUAAGAUUAUUAUAAGAGGAAAGGGUUCAGUGAAAGAUGGUAAAAUUGGACGGAAAGAUGGACAGCCAUUACCAGGUGAAGAUGAACCACUACAUGCCUAUGUUACAGCAAAUAAUCCAGAAAAUGUGAAGAAAGCAGUGGAAAAGAUAAAGGGUAUUAUAAAAGAGAGUGUAGAAGUUCCAGAGGGACAAAACGAUCUUCGUAAACAACAGCUAAGAGAACUGGCAUUACUGAAUGGUACCCUUAGAGAAAAUGAUGGACUCGCGAAACUAAAACAGUUGCAACAAGCCCAGACUAUUGUUACAAACACAAUCAUCUGUUCAAAUUGUGGAGGAGCUGGUCAUUUAAGCAAGGAUUGUAAACAGUCAAGACCUGGUGACACUUUCCGCAAUAUGAUGCAAGAAAAUACUACAGACAAAGCAAAAAUGGACAGUGAGUACAUGUCGUUGAUGGCUGAGCUAGGUGAGGGUCCACCACCAAAGAGCAACAACUCUAUGCUACCAACAAACAGAUUCCAGCAACAACAACACCAACCACACCCAGUCCAGUCGAGGUUUAAUCAGCCACCACCUAAUCCUAUGGGUGGGUUCAACAAUUUCCCCAACAAUCCAAAUCGACACCCACCACCGUCACUGAUGGCAAUGAACAAUUCUCGUCCACCAAUGUCUCAGCCUAAUCCACCACAGAUGUUUCAACAUCAACAGCACAUGCAACAGCCUGGUAUGCAGGGAAUGCAGCCACCAAACCAGAUGCAGCCCCCACAACAGAUGCAGCCCAUGCAGCAGGGUGGUAUGCCACAGUUUCAACCCCAGGGUUCAGCCCCACAACCAGUAGCUCCGCCUAAUAGCCAGUUCCAACCUAACAUGCAGAUGUCUGCACCAGCACCUGUGGCCCCAGUGCCACCACCUAACUCCAUGAACAUGGCAGCACCAGUGCCUCCACCAGCAUGGAGCACAUCCAGCGGAUCUCAUAUCAGUUCCAAUCCCACUCAAUCUUUAUCAAUGGGUGUACCUCCACCACCUACAACAAUGAUGGCUGCAGCACCCCCGCCCCCUCCUCCUAAUAACAGUCAGCCUGCAACAACUUUAGCUAGCAUGUCAUGGAUCCAGCAAGGCACAGUGCCUCCUCCACCUCCAUCCUCACAGUCAACAUGGCAGACAGCACCACCGCCACCACCAGCUAGUAUGUCGAUUCCAUGGCAACAAGUCCCGCCUCCAGCUAUGCAGUCAAUACCUAAUCCUGUAGCCCCUCCCCCACCACCACCCUCUUCAGGUCAGAGCUUUCGUAUGCCUCCUCCACCCCCAGGACCAGGAGGAUAUGAUCCCAGCCAGAUGUCUGGUGUGAAUCCGCUACUGGUAGCUCCGCCACCACCACCUCCAAACUGACAGCGACUGUGAAAAGUAAAGACAGGACUGUAUAUAUUGUAAUAUAGUGUACAGAAAAGUGUCUAGUGUGAGUGAGGACUAGUUGUGAGGUGAAAACAUUCAAAACGAAUGUCAGACAAUUGAAUAACUUUAAGAAAGAUACCAGUGUUGUUGUUUUUAAUUACCGGUAUGUAAAAAAGCUUGUAAUAAGCUUUAAGAUGUUACCAAUUGUUGAAAAUAUUUAAGAAAACAGCAUUGUAGAAAAGUAGUAAAAUUAAUGUGAUAUUUUAAAUGCAAGUUGUUGAACAGUAUCAUGGUUUACAACUUGUUAGGUUUUAGAUAUUUACAUAUUUGAGAUGAUAAAGGAAAUUUGUGCAUAGUUUUUUAAUAAAUCGGAGUACUGCAGUCAACAAAAUAAUGUGAACAGAUUUUUUUUCUGCUUUAAAAUGAUGUCUAGCUGUUGGUUUAUUUUAAAUCGGUCAUUUUUCUCUCAUUCGUUAUUUGCACAUAUUUUGUUUUUGAUUACUGUAUUUUUAAAAUUAUUAUGUAAAUAGUGAAUGAUUUGUGUGAUUGAUUCAUUAAAUGCUAUACUGUAGCACUGAUGAUCAGUAAAAAUUUGUACAAAG